AGAAAAGGUGCGAGGGAAAGUGAGAGUGAGAAGAGGGGUCUUAAGGGUAUUAUAGGAAAUCACACACAAAAUUAAACAAUUGUCCACGGGGGUUUAAGAAUCGGUAAACCUCACCUCAAGUCCUUCAAUGGCAAUCCAUCAAUGGCGUCGUUUACUACCUUCUCGCUUCCAUCCCAACCGUUUCAUCUCCUCUUCCACAACCUCACAUCGUCGCCGAGUCGUCGUCACCGGGUUAGGCAUGGUAACGCCUCUCGGUUGCGGAGUUGGGACAACAUGGAGGAGACUAGUCGACGGCGAAUGUGGAAUUCGAGCACUAACUAUGAAGGAUCUUAAGCUGGAUGGUUUCGAUGCUGAAACGCAAUCCCAUGUUUUUGACCUAUUAACUUCUAAAGUUGCUGCUUUUGUUCCUUCUGGAACUAACCCUGAUCAAUUCAACGAGCUCUUGUGGUCCAAGGAGCACAGGUCAAUUUCGAGGUUUAUAGGGUAUGCACUAUGUGCUGCUGAUGAGGCCCUUAGAGAUGCGAAUUGGGCUCCAGUGGAACAGGAUGAGAAAGAAAGAACUGGAGUAUCCAUUGGUGGUGGUAUUGGGAGCAUGAGUGAUAUUGUAGACGCUGCACAGCUGAUUUGUGAAAAGCGUCUUCGGCGUCUGAGUCCAUUCUUUGUUCCUAGGAUAUUAAUCAACAUGGCUUCUGGCCAUGUGAGCAUGAAGUAUGGAUUCCAGGGACCAAACCAUGCGGCAGUGACAGCUUGUGCCACUGGGGCGCAUUCCAUAGGAGACGCUGCUCGUAUGAUUCUAUUUGGAGAUGCAGAUGUAAUGGUGGCUGGCGGAACAGAAGCCAGCAUUGAUGCCUUAUCUGUUGCAGGUUUUUGCAGGUUAAAAGCUUUAUCCACGAAGUACAAUUCUUCCCCUUGUGAAGCCUCUCGGCCUUUUGAUGUUGGACGUGAUGGUUUUGUAAUCGGUGAAGGUAGCGGUGUCAUGGUAUUAGAGGAAUUUGAACAUGCGAAGGAACGCGGGGCAAAAAUUUAUGCAGAGCUUUGUGGCUAUGGGAUGUCAGGUGAUGCGUAUCACAUAACCCAACCUCAUAACGAUGGAAGAGGUGCCAUCAUGGCAAUGAAAAGUGCUUUAAAGCAGUCAGGUCUUCAUUCUAACAAGGUGGAUUAUGUGAAUGCUCAUGCUACAUCAACACCUUUAGGUGAUGCAAUAGAAGGCGCUGCAAUGAAAGCAACAUUUGGUGAGCAUGCAAAGUCUGGUACUUUAGCAUUUUCUUCAACAAAGGGUGCAAUUGGACAUCUUUUAGGGGCAGCUGGAGCUGUAGAAGCUAUAUUCACUGUUUUAUCUAUUCAGCAUGGAAUUGCGCCAUUGACUCUCAAUCUUUCCCAGCCAGAUCUUGUAUUUUCAGAUGCCUUUAUGCCAUUGACUGCAUCGAAACAAAUGACUAUUACAACAGCUAUGUCGAAUUCUUUUGGCUUUGGAGGAACAAAUACAUCUUUGUUGUUUACUAAAGUACCCUGAUUUCUUAUUUUGGUGUACAACAUUCAUGUCAGAAGUUUGAAAAUUGAGAUGUAGUUGAUGAAAUCGUUGGCUACAUACUGCCCCCUGUGUUUUUUUUGGUGUUAACACCCGGUUCUCCCUUAGGGCAAAUCCGGAUUCGGGGCGAGUUCUGGGUGGUUAGGUUCCAGUCCCCUCCCAAUUAUUGUUGCGGGGGAUCGAACACGGGUUCUCCCUAUCAAGUUCAGCCCCAAUCACCACUGAACCAACAAGCAAUUGGCUACAUACUGCCCCCUGUGUAGAAAUAGGUAUUUCAGUUUUUUUUUUCUUCAACUGGUUUUUAGUUUUACUUGAAUGCAGCUUGUAAAAGUGUAAGAACAACUUGCGCAGUUUGCGCAUAUUGAAAGAGAUGAGACAUUAUCAAAAUGUACAAUAUAAUUUCUUCCCAAAAUUCUGAAAGUAAUAAAGAGAUCUUUUUUCUA